CGCAAGGGCUGCCGGGACAGUCCCCAUCUUCUUUGCGCGCGCGUUAGAAGAGGCGACGCCGCGGCGGCGAGGCGUUCUCAGUGGUCGUGUGGCCCGGCUCUGCGGGACCGGGACCUUAACGGUGGCCACAAUGGCUGAAAAUGGUGAUGAAAAAAUGGCUGCCCUGGAGGCCAAAAUCUGUCAUCAAAUUGAGUAUUAUUUUGGUGAUUUCAAUUUGCCACGGGACAAAUUUUUAAAGGAACAAAUCAAACUGGAUGAAGGCUGGGUACCUUUGGAAAUAAUGAUAAAAUUUAAUAGGUUAAACCGUCUAACAACAGACUUUAAUGUCAUAGUAGAAGCAUUGAGCAAAUCAAAGGUAGAGCUCAUGGAAAUAAGUGAAGAUAAAACCAAAAUCAGAAGAUCUCCAAACAAACCUCUCCCUGAAGUGACUGAUGAGUAUAAAAAUGAUGUAAAAAACAGAUCUGUUUAUAUUAAAGGCUUCCCUACUGAUGCAACCCUUGAUGACAUAAAAGAAUGGUUAGAAGAUAAAGGUCAAGUACUAAAUAUUCAGAUGAGAAGAACAUUGCAUAAAGCAUUUAAGGGAUCAAUAUUUGCUGUGUUUGAUAGCAUUGAAUCUGCUAAAAAGUUUGUGGAGACCCCUGGACAAAAAUACAAAGACACAGAUCUGCUAAUACUUUUCAAGGAAGACUACUUUGCAAAGAAAAAUGAAGAAAGAAAGCAAAAUAAAGUGGAAGCUAAAUUACGAGCUAAAAAAGAGCAAGAAGAAAAACGAAAGUUAGCAGAAAAUGCUGAAAUGAAAUCUCUAGAAGAAAAGAUUGGCUGCUUGUUGAAAUUUUCAGGGGACCUAGAUGAUCAGACCUGUAGAGAAGAUUUGCACAUCCUUUUCUCAAAUCAUGGUGAAAUAAAAUGGAUAGACUUUGUCAGAGGAGCAAAAGAGGGAAUAAUUCUAUUUAAAGAAAAAGCUAAGGAAGCACUGGAUAAAGCCAAAGAUGCAAAUAAUGGUAACCUUCAAUUAAAGAACAAAGAAGUGACAUGGGAAGUACUAGAUGGAGAUGUGGAAAAAGAAGCAUUGAAAAAAAUCAUAGAUGAUCAACAAGAAUCCCUCAACAAAUGGAAGUCAAAAGGUCGCAGAUUUAAAGGAAAAGGAAAGGGAAAUAAAGUUGCCCAGACUGGGUCUGCUAAAGGAAAAGUACAGUUCCAGGGCAAGAAAACUAAAUUUGAUAGUGAAGAUGAACAUGAUGAAAAUGGUGCAUCUGGACCAGUAAAAAGAGCAAGAGAAGAAACAGACAAAGAAGAACCUGCAUCAAAACAGCAGAAAACAGAAAAUGGUGCCGGAGACCAGUAGUUUAGUAAACAAAUUUUGUAUUCAUUUUAAUUAGGUUUUUAGCUGCAUUUGUCUUUGGAGGCUUUUAAAAAGAAAACCGAAUUAGGUCCACUUCAAUGUCUACCUGUAAGAAAAGAAAAUUUUUUAUUGUUUAGCUUGUCUUUUUGUUAUCCAAAUGAGGAUUUUUUUUUUUAAUGUACAGUUGUAUGUUAUUCAGAUGAUUCAAAUAUCGAAAGAAAGAUUCUUGUACUAAAUUGCCUUUGUAAUAUGAGAAUGUAUUAGUACAAACGAAUAAAAUGUAUACUAUAUAAAAAGAGCAAAAACUUAGUUUAUUUUUUCUUUUUCUGUCCAAAGUAUUUGAGAAAUAAUUUAUCUUACAGUAGAGUGUUGGCUGUGGAUUAUAGGCUGUUCCAUAAUCUGUCUCCCAGGCUGGCUUUCUGUAUUUACUCAGGCAACUUGAUAACAAGAAUUAUUUAUUGUAAAGUUCAAGAGACUUACUGAUUUCUUUUUAUGAAAUUUGUAUGAUGCUGGCAGGUCAUAUCUCAGCUCUAUUAAAAAAAAAAAGCCACUUAAAGAUAAAACUAUAUUUCCAAGCAUUUACCACCUUUGACUAAAAAAACCCCACGAAUUAAGAAAACACUCAAUACUGGUAAACUGAAGAUUUUAGACCUGUCACUUUAACUUGGUAUCCAAGGACUGCCAUGUAUCCCCAAGAUUACCCAUGGCAAGUUGAGUUUGGCAUUUCUGCUACUUUGGUAAUUUAUACCAAAAUUUGAGGUUAUAGGGAAGAGUGUAGAAGCAUAACAAGUGGACAAAAGUAUAUCCUAUGAAAAUGAUAGUACCUCCCUAUUUUUAGUUUCCUAAUCAAUAGCUAGCAAUCUCAUACCUAUUUUAAAGUUUUAUUGUCUGGAUUUUAGUAAUGGUAGUAAGUAGCCAUGUAUUUUCCUACUAUGCUCUCAAAUGAAAACCAACUUUUUCAUAUUCCUUUCUAAAGUAUAAUGUAGGUCCUCCAAACUUACUACUGAUCCAUAUUAGCGGGAUGGCAAUGAGUCUACCUAUCCCUUCAUAUUUUACAACAUAAAUUCUAACUAUAGGUCACAGCUCUCAAAUUUUAAUGUGCAUUGAGGCACAAGUUAUAAUUCAGUAGAUCUGAGUGGAGCCUGAAAUUUUGCAAGUCUAACAAGCUCCCAAGGGAUGUCAAUGGUCAUCAUCUAAAACUCCAUUUGGAGUAGCAAGGCUCUGGUUUGGUAUUAUACUGGAAUUGUUUGUUCUAAGGUGCUCCAUGUUGCAUAUUCUAAUAUCUUAAAUUACAUAAGGAAUGACAAUACUGAAUAGAAAGACUGACCUUUUACACAUUAUAUUAAGAACAGUAAUAGAUCUAGUUAUGGUUAAUACCAUCGUGCUAGUUCAUAGUUCAUUAUCAUGUAAAAACAUUUCCCCUUAUUGUACUCUUCAGACUUUUCAAAAUUAUUUGGAUUGCAGUUAGCUUCUAGUUGUAUGCUUUCCCCAUUUUAAUGUUUGUGAAUAUUCAGUUUACUAAUAAAAAUGUACCAAGCAUGA